UGUAACUGAAGGGAAUGGAGUCUCCUUGGAUAAGACAGGCAGAUUGGAUCCUGGACGCAGCUCCUGGGCUCAGCUGUGCUCAUGUGCCCCUUGGCUCCGUUCUGCUUCCAGCACAGCAGCAAAAACUGAGCUAAGGUUUUCUUCAUCACUUAUGGGCCCAUCCUGGCUUAGGGAGGACUGCCAAAACAACAGAGCUUAUGAAAGGUGCCAACACUCUCUUCUCAGAUGACCUCUGCAAUCCUUGGCAGUUAAGAAGGCAGCAUGAUUUAAUCUUCAGGCAAUCUACUACAACAGAUCCUCGGCAAUGCCUGUGCUCCUGCCUCURGGCUGGCUCAGCCUCGCCAGUGGAGAAUUUGUAGCACCCAGCCGCUGGCGUCUUCUCCUGGCGGAAGCUCAACCAUUUGAAGAGAAGGGGAGGAAAAAAAUCCCAAUCAGGAUGUUUGCACAUGCUGUUCUCUGCCUGCUCGCCUGGGUGUUUUGCUGAAGGACUGGGACAUCUGCAGAGAAAGGAGAGCGGCGGUGGCUGGAGCGUGUCCUGUUCGGGGCUGAAGUUCCUCCGGCGCUGGGGGCUGUGAGUGCGCGCAGCCGGGAGGGGCGAGCAGCGGGGCCGGGAUCGCGCUACCCGGAGCCUACACAGACAGACGUGAUUAAAAUUCAAGCCUAAUGGCCUCUGGCAUAAACAACAYUCAUCAGCCCGGGACUUGCAAUGGAUCUAAAGCCGCUCGCAGCAGCUCGGCAGAGGAAUGCAAUCGGGAAAUGCACAUGAAAAUGUGCAAGAAGAUUGCCCAGCUCACUAAGGUGAUAUAUGCCCUGAACACUAAGAAUGAUGAACAUGAGGACAGUAUACAGGCUCUGAGAGAGGCUCAUGAAGAAGAAAUUCAGAAUAUUCUUGCUGAGACAAGGGAAACGAUUCUCCAGUGUAAAAGCAAAAUUGAAGAAGAACAGUUACUGAGAAAGCAUAUUCAGACCCUUGAAAUUGCAGUAGAACAACAUAAGAGAUUGAAGGAAGAAGCCUUGGCAGAGUUAAUACUGUGUAAAAAGCAAGCAGAAGAGAAGGAGUCAAGAACAGAAGUGAAACAAGCUCASAUGGGCCUUUCUACAGGCACAGUAGGUAGCAAUGCAAGCUUUGAAAACAAGCUUCUGCAUUUAAAUCAGGAAUUUGRUGGACUGCUAAAUGAAUGUAAAGCAUUUAGAAGAGAAAAUCUAGAUAAAAAAGUAAAUUUAGAUGAAAAAUGUAGUGUAGAAAGACACACUGUAAUAAAUGAGACAGUGAACCUGAAGAGCGARAACCAGAAAACAGCUGAAGAACAUACUCAGAAAAUAAGUAAACUGCAAGCCCCUUAUGAGACAGAAAGAGAGACUUYGAAAAGAGCUAUGCAACAAUCUGUUACAGAAAUGAAUUGUCAGCAAAGAGAAACAGAGCAAAAGAAAAGCUCAGAGAUUGAGGAAGGUUUUUUGCUGCAGCAGGUAAAGAAGCUGGAGGCAGACCUAGAGGAGAAAAGCCAGAARAUAAAUGAGAGGAAGAAGCAUUCCCAGAAGCUGAAGGAGAGAAUACAGGAGCUCCAGACACAGCUAGAUGAAUUUAAAAGAAAAUCUGAGUGUGAACUAAAGCAACUAGAGAAGGAGAAAGAAGUACUAACUGGGAAACUUCAAAACUCUUCACUUGAGGUGGCUCAGCUGAAGCAAAUAUUAGACCAACAAGCAAAUAAUUUCAAGGAGUCACUGAAGAAACAUAAUCUACAGUCCAACAAAGAAAAGGAGAAACUUUUGCAGGAUCUUCAAAACAGCAUUAAAGAAAACCARAAUGUUAAACUGCACUUGGAGGCAUCGCACCAAAAAGUCUUAAAAAUGUUGGAGAAAAGCAAGAAUCAGGAGCUCAAGGAGGCAGAAGAACGUUUGAAAAAGGAAUUUAAUGAGACUUUCAAGAUCCAACAUCAGUCUCAUAGGCUGGAAAUACAAACUUUGGAAGAAAAGGCAAAGAAAGAAUUACAUGAUGAACUUGAGCAGAUACAGAAGCAGCAAACCCUGUUGCUAGGAUCUCUAAGAAUGGAACUUUCUGAGCAACAGACAGCAUGUACAAACCUAAAGAAACAAAUAGAAGAACUACAAAUGGAGCUGAAGAGUGUGAGGACACUGAAGAAGCAACAGGAAGGAAGUAGCCAAAGCCAGAUCAGAUCUCUUCAUGAUGAACUGGAAAAAUGUCAGAGUGAAAUCUGUGAACUCAAGAAAGAAAAUUUACUUUUGAAGGACACAAUGGAGUUACUCAGUGCUGAGUUGGAGUCACAGAAGCAAGAAGCUGCACACCUUCAGGACAGAGAAAAACAGCAUAGAAGCAGCACUCAGGCACAUCUCCAAGCAAAGAUUUUCUCCUUAGAAACUGCACUUAAUGAAUUAGAAGAAAAGUCAAGAAAGUGGGAGUCCAGGUCUGAUGAUACACACCUUAUAAACUGUCUGCAAGACAAAUUAAGUGAGAAAGAAGAGAUUAUCAAGCAGCUGGUGGAAGGAAGAAAAUGUCAGCAUUCACUUUCAGCCAACGCUGACUCUUACAGGAAUCGGUCAUUUUCUUUUAACCCUAAUACAGUAUGCUUGACUCCCUCCAUGAAGCAGAAGAAGAAAACAGUUGAGGUGCCCAGUCGUGUUGUCAGUGUUCCGAAUUUAGCUUCCUACGCAAAGAGCUUUUUGAACUGUGACUUGAGAUCAAAAAGAAGUGCUCCUCAAAUAACAAAAUCUACAAGCUUAGACCGGAGUCCUGGCUGCCUCAGGGUGGGCUCUCCAUCAGCACAGUCCUCAGACAGCAGUGCUGCCACAAGGACACACGGCAAUGAACCACCGCAAAAUAAAGAUGACCAAAAACAAGAUCCUCAGCAACAAGAAUGGUUUACUAAGUAUUUUUCAUUUUAAAGCAAACUAUUUCCAUACUCAGAAUUACUAUAGGAGUCAUUCCUGUUUUCUUUUCAGGAAUUAUAAUCCAAUAGAUGAUUUAAGGGAAGGAAAAAAACAUGUAAUUUCUAAGUAAACAGUUAGGAAUACCUAUACUCUCUUACAUCURAUAACUAGGGAGUUACAAGGCAUGAAUUUCAGAAUUUUAACAACUUCUGUAAAAAAAUGAAGAAAAAGCAAGAGCUUGGAUACUUAUGUGAAAAGACUUUUUAAUCAAGAGACUGUACAACUCAACAAUUUCAUUAAAAAUGCAAUAUGGACUCUGAUACCUCCUUCAGUUUGGCACCAGCUGAAAAAAGAUCUUACUUCUGUACAUUUAUAUAUUUGCUUCAUCAGCUGUUUAAAGUAAGUUCUGCAUAUAAUAAUGUAAUUUUAAAAGUUUUUAAUGCUCUUUGGUAAAUGAAUUUUAACCUGUACAGCAUGUGGUACACCUUCAAAAAAUAGCAUGUUUAUAGCAGGCUGGUUUAGAAACAAUUUCUGGUUUGCUUUAUGAAUUAUUUUGUAUGAUCAUCAUUGCUGUGUAAUAUUCCCAUUGAAUUUCAAUAUAUGUAUCAGCCCGAUAAAUUAAGAUGAUGUGUAAGUAUAAACAUUAAAGCUUGUAAAUG